CGUGUGCUCAGCUGUUAAUGCUAACCCCAAACGGCCGCCGUGUCCACUGCUGGUACAGUAGUGUGUAUGUUGCCCUUGAAUGUUUAUUAGUUUUCACUUCAGCCAGAUUCACGGAGGAUAUCGCUGAUUUAAUUCUGAGUAGGGCUCAUGGAAUUGAGGUGCGCAACGUAUUGGAGCGCAUGGCACAAAAGAGAAAUUUAGUUGGCAUAAUUUGCACGUUCAAAACCUCAGCGUGGAGAUGCAGGAAGACAACGAAAGCAUGGACAGAAUUUUGCUGAUUUCAAGGUGCCGCUUCACUGGAGAGCGUGUGGCUGGCAUCAAGAAACGAGCAGUGGAGCACCAGCCCAGCUCGGCAAUGACGGUGAGAAGAGGGAGGGAAGUCCAUUCAAUCCACGAAUAUGGGAGAUGUCAGGAAAUCUCAAUCAAACGGCAUUUGGCAAAGCUGCAUGACAACAUUAAAUACAAGGAAUCGUUCAUGAUUGGAGUGGUAAUCUUAACGUCGCUGAUGCGAAGUCGCUACAAGUCUGCCUCCCGCUCAGAGCAACGUCAGUUGUUCUCGACAGUUUCCAAGGUGGCCACUCUCUUGACCACCCAAUUCACGGGGACGGAUUUCUGGAGGGUGGGGCUGGAGCUGUUCCAAGCUGCGAAAAUGGUGAUCACGCAACUCGACGAGCUCAUGUACAUACGCUUGUGUACAGAUGUAGCUCAGGAGUUUUUGGAUGAUGAUCAGCAACGGAAAGAGGUUACCGCGGCCGCUGCCACCACCUCCGACCCCAGCAAUUCUGUCCGUCACAUCCAUUCGGUACAUGACCCACUGCAACAUUUGCGAAGCACACUUGCGGGUCGAGAGAAGCUGAUAUCAAGUUUGGACCGGGUAAAAAUAGCUAAACCACGAAAAGAGGGAAGCGCUCCAAAGAAACUCAACUCAGUGCAGACUGCAGCUCAAGACUGCCAAGAAAAGCGAGGCUUUCUCACUAAACCCAGCUCUCACAAGAAGAAAAAGAAGAAGCAUGCUGAAGAAGUCUGUGAAGAGUUAACCGCUCUUACGGAAUCCUUGUCUGUAAGCUUAAUCAAACUCCAUGUUUGUUCAGACGAACCAAGAACCUUGACCAACCCUAACGAUACAGAGAUGGUGGAAGUUAUAGCUACCCCUGAAGAGAAAAAUAUUGAACCAGAGCCUGUGCUUCUGGUGCCGGAGCCCGAAGAAGACACCUAUGAAGAGCCAAAUCUCAAACCAGACCCUGUGCCUCUAGUGCCGGAGCCAGAAGUAGCUACCCCUGAGGAGCCGAACUUUGAACCAGAGCCUGUGCUUCUAGUGCCGGAGCCAGAAGUACCAAACGUCCUCCUGAUAGACGAUCCCACCGUGAGAUUGUUAAGAGUAUUGACGAUGGAGGAGUUAGGCAGAGAGAUUCAAGUUAUAUUGCAGCGUGUGAACUUGACGUUUGCAGUUAGGAAUCGAGCAAUAGAAGACGAGUUUGUAGGUCUUCAAGAAGCAAUUCAAGCAACUCUUCAGGAGAUCAGCAACGUCCGUCGAGGACCGCCACCUGCUGCCAAGGAAGAGGUAGAGAAGCUUUCCAUUACAGUAGUGACCAGCUCAGUUUUGGCAAGGCUUGGAGAAGAUACACACUGUGCCGUCUGUCGGGAACCUCUAGUUCUAGGCGACAAUAUGCAAGAGAUGCCUUGCCAGCAUCCCUAUCAUCUGGAGUGCCUCAGACCUUGGCUGGAGAACCACAACUCUUGCCCAAUAUGUCGCUAUGAGCUACGAACCGAUGACGAGGACUACGAGCAUCAGAAACAACUAAGUUACAAUGCUGAAUUGCAGAGGAGGCUGAACUGCUCAUGAUGCAGCACAGCACUAGCAUCUGUCUCGAUUCUUCUUAUGUAAAGGAAGGAUUACCUGGACUUCUCAUUGGAUUUUUGUAGCUUUAUUUAUCCAUUUGCCGAAGUUGCUACCUGGAACCGUCGACAUGCUUCAACAACAAUUAAACCCAUUCUCCAACUUAAACCGAAGAUUGAAUCCUCGCAUGCUCAAGAACAAAACCCAACACUCCCAAUAUCUUGGACCACGUAGUCUUUGAAGAGAAGAGCAUAACUUCGAAUUCUCUGAUCUCUGAGACGAACGACAUAACACAAGCCCUACCUUUAGUAACUAGUGAUUUACUAGUUAAAAGUAUAACUUCUCGUCGAGAUUUCGAUAUAAAUGUGAAUUUUCAAAAUAAAAUGAUUCAUUGCACCCUGAUAAAUGUGUAUUGGGUGAUGAGUUCUGUAUAUUGAAACAAAAGGUUAUGGGUUC